AUGAGUAAAAAUUACACUAUAAAUUACUUAAGUCGAAUGAAGUCUAUGAAAAAGGAGUAUUCUGUGUGUUCUCAACUUUUUCGGUUUAGUUCUGGUUUUGGAUGGGCUCCCAUCACAAAACUUACAGCUCCAGAUGAUGUGUGGGCUGCCUAUUUGAUGGGGCAUCCAAAUCAUCAUCACAUGAGGACCAGCACUUUCGAAGAUUUUGAGGAUUUGCAACUGAUUUUCGAAAGUGCUAUAACAAAGGGAAACACCACGUUUGGACUUGGUGGUGAUUAAUCAAAUGCUGAAACUUUUGAAGAAGAUGAUGAUCUUCAAGCAAGAGAUGAUGUGAACUAUAUGGAGAUUAAUGACAACGAGGUAAAUGAAACUUUUCCCAAAGAAAAGUUGCCUACUAGGAAAAGAUCUAAACCAAAUAGUAAUGGAGAUCCAUCAGAUUCAAUUAAUCAUGGUGAGUCUUCAGAGAAUGUGCUAACUGAAAUGAUUGGAGUUGGCACUAACAUCAUAAAUCUUAUUCAACAAAGAGAAGAAAGAUAUCAAAGAGAUGUUGAGUUUAGGGAAACUCAGAAAAAAAAGAAUAAUGGUUGGGAUGCCAUCAAGGAGAUCUCGGAUCUGGAAGAUCAUAUCCAAUAUAAUGCAGUGAACAAGAUCUACACGUUGAAAAUGAAAGAUGUAUUUGUGAGCAUGUCUGUGGAAGAACGCUUGGGUUGGAUUCGCUGUAACAGUUAG